AUGGUUUUUUCCUGUUUUGUGUUUUUGUCUUUAUAUUUUGAUUUAAAUUUGUUUGAACUAUGGUGUGGAUUUUUGACGAUAUCAUAUAAUUUAAAUGUCGUUUAUGCUACUCGCGUCAUGGUAUUACUACGAAUGUAUCUUGAUGCAUGGAUUGAACAAAUAAAAAAUAUUGAGAGGAGUGGUCAAGGCGAUCUUAACAUUUGGAGAGAAAUGUUUAAUGUGUACCAAAAUAUUUUAAAAGCCUAUGAGAGUUAUAAAAUAUGUUUUCGAGUUUUAUUCCAAUAUGACGAUACAGUAUGUUCUGUGAUUAUAAUGGGAUGGAUUACAUUGGACGUACUUGUGACACUCACGCUAUGUGUACAAUGUGAGAAGUUCUAUGCGACAGUGGAAGAGGCGGAGUCAACGUGUAUACAGUUCUUGAGUAAUAUAAACUGUACAGAUGGUCAAAAAUAUCUCUGCAAGCGUGUAUUGCAAAUGAAACGCACCUUCUCCAAGAUAUCUGGGUGUGGCUUGUUUCUCAUGGAUGCUUCUUUGUCCAUAUAUUUGAUUGGACUAAUCACCAACUACAUUAUUGUUUUACUCCAGUUCGCUUACUUACACAAUUAUAAUAAAAAAUAA